AUGGUACGCUUCCUUGGGGCGGUGCGUGAUGCCGUUGUCAAUUUCUGGAAUACCCGUGUGCAUUUUAUUGAACUCCACUACUUGUAUAUCGGGGUGUCCAUAUUUAUCUCCUCGGGUCUCUUGUAUAUCCAACCUGGUACCGACUGGAACUAUGUUGACGCCUUGUUCAUGGCCACCACCUUCAACACCAAUACGGGCUUGAAUACCAUUACAAUGUCUCAAAGUAGCGAUUAUCAAGUAUCUCUUUAUUUGAUCAACUCGUUCUUGACGUCGCACAUUCUUGUGUCGUACAUUGUGUUGAUGGUCCGCAAGCACUACUUUUCGAAACGAUUCAAUGCCAUUUUACGAUUCAACAAAGAGCGACGUAUACGUGAAGAGAAUCGACGUAAAGAAAAGAUGAAACGACAACAGCAUGAUAUUGAACUUGGGAUCAAAAAACAAUGUCCUAGUAUUACAUCCGUCACCACAUCGCCAGGAGGAGCACCGGAUAGUGAGCACACAACAACCAAAAAGAGACCUUCUUCUUUCAAUCGCCGUCGACAAUCAUUCUCAUCAGUAGCAUCAUCUCCUGUGCGUGGAGUACGUGCACGUAACACACGACAACGAUCGAUGAGUGGUUGGAUGACCAAUCCCUCUGAUGUGCAUGCAUUUUUUCGUGAGCUGCGUCGAGAACAACAAGAUGUGCUUGAUAAGCGAGAAGCUGAGGUGAUAGCAACCAUGGAGCAUGAACAACUUGAACGACAUCCAUCCACACCAAUGCAUCCAUUUGAUCAUGGCAUCGAUAAUACGGAUGCAGCUUCCGAUCCGAUCGGUCAACGUCGUAUCAACAACAAUGAAUCGCCUUCGCCAACCAUUGAGAAUGAAGAUGCAGCACGUCAAAGCAUUGCCAGUACCGGUGGUGGUGGUGCCGGUGGUAUUGCAUUUGCCAACAAUGUGGAACAACAGCGUGAAAUUGCACGUCGUCGAUUUGAACGCGAACGUCGAUUUGAAGGAUUGAUGGAAGUGAUUUCUCGUGAUAUGAAUCCCAACAACGAUCUCCCUCUCACGGACACUGUUUAUGAUUCGGAUCAUUCUCUUGAAGACGAUGAUGAAGAUGACGACGAGUUUUUUCAAGAGAUCCUUCGUCAACCUAUCGACAAGAGUCAGCUUACACGCAAGCAGCGUUAUCGUUUGGGAGGUGUUGAAUACCAUGCAUUGGACAUCUUGUCCUAUAUUGUCCCGAUUUAUUAUAUCGGCAUUAUCGUUGCUGCUUCCUUCGCUUUCCGUGUCUACAUUGCCGUUUCGCCUUAUGCACAAGAUGUGUUGCUCAACGCCAACGACAAUCGCCCUGUCAAUGCAUGGCUCUUUGCAUUCUUCUUUGGUGAAUCGAGUCUCAACAAUCUCGGUGUCGUGCCUCUUGAUUCAAGCCUGGUGCCCUUUCAAAGCACACCUUUCCCACUGAUUCUCUCCAUGAUCCUCAUUCUCAUUGGCAACACGGCCUAUGCGAUUCUGCUGCGUUUCAUUAUUUGGAGCAUGCUCAAGCUGACACCUGAACACAAGGUCUAUCGUCGCGAAGCAUUACAAUACCUCUUGGAUCAUCCACGUCGAUGCUACACGACGCUGUUCCCGGCAACUCAAACUUGGUGGUUGUUGAUCAUUCUCAUUAUCAUCACCCUCGUCGAGAUUGUUUGCUUCCUUGCUCUCAACUUUUGGUUGCCUGUCACUGAAGGCAUGACCUGGGGUGCACGUGUUCUCGAUGCAACAUUCCAAUCCAUCGCAACGCGUGCUGCUGGUUUCACCGUCGUCGCCAUUUCCGAUCUCAAUCCUGGAACACAAAUUGUUUAUAUCGUGGCCAUGUACAUCAGUGUUUAUCCAGUGGCCAUUUCUAUGCGUAACAGUAACGUGUAUCAGGAACGAUCCUUGGGUGUGUUUCGAGGUGACGAUGUAGAUAAAAUGGAAUUCAGCGACAGCGACUUACGUGGGCCGGCCCCAUUCAUCAAGUUGCGACGACAUCCAACGGUCAGUAGUGUGGUGACGCAUUCACGCAAGUUGCUCUCUGGACCCGAUUUCUAUGUGGCCACUCAGAUCCAGCGUCAAUUGACAAGUGAUAUCGUAUGGGUCAUUGCCGGUGUUUUCGCCAUUUGCAUUAUCGAAAGUGAAUCCAUCAUGUCGCCAUCCCCUCUCAACAUGGGCAGCGUUAUCUAUGAAUGCGUAUCGGCCUUUUGUAACAUUGGUGCAUCGAUGGGAUAUCCUGGCGUAAGCACUUCACAAGCAGGUGUAUAUCACACAUUGGCUAAGCUGGUCCUUAUUCUUCUCAUGUAUCGUGGCCGUCAUCGAGGUUUACCCAAUGCUAUUGAUCGUGCCGUGUUGUUGCCAUCCGAGGAAUUAGAGCAACGUGAAGUGGAAGAUCAAAUCAUGAAGCGACGCAAUACAUCCAUCACCAACCAGAGUUCACUUGGCAACGUCAUGUUCUACACACGUUCAAGCACAUUGUAA